AUGCACCUCCACCUGAAAAGACUUGCGGCAGAAAGCAACACGGUUCAGGUUGAAGGCGGCGCAGGAAUCGUCUUGAAAUACCAUGAGCCCCCAGAGGCGCGCAAACCGCCAGCUAAAGAAGCCUGGCGAUUCUAUGUCUUCAAAGGAGAGGACAUGUUGGAAGUGGUGGAACUUGGUGAGCGAAGCUGCUGGCUGAUUGGUCGCGAGAAUGCCGUGGUGGACUUUCCUCUCGAACACCCUAGCUGUUCGAAGCAACACGCCGCACUUCAGUUCCGUUACGUCGAGAAACGGAAUGAGUAUGGUGAUCGAAUCGGCAAGGUCAAGCCGUACCUAAUUGACCUCGAGAGUGCAAAUGGGACCCAUGUCAAUGGCGAUGCUAUCCCGGCGGGCCGUUACGUGGAGGUUAUGGACAAGGACGUAAUCAAAUUCGGAUUGAGUACCCGCGAGUAUGUCCUCAUGCUGCCAAGCUGA